AUGCCUCGCGCUCCUGCCAAGGGUAAACAAGUGGUGGAAGAAGUCCCUGAUAAGGAUGCUGUGGCUCCUCCCCCUAUGGAGCCAGUUGUUCCAGUCCCUGCUGAAGGCAGUGCCGCUCUUGGAAAGGGCCCGGUGUUGUCUACUGCUGCUGUCGCGGGAAGCUCUGGCCUCUCACCUGCAGAGAAGGCUUCGACGUCGCCGCAACUCUCUGCUGAUGGCUUCCUGGAGGAUGACUCGGACGAAGAGCUGGACAUUGAUGUCCAGCAGGAGGCUGCUGCACGUCUAAGGUUCACGGCCAUCCUGCUGAUCCCUUUCUCGCUGAAGAAUGAAAUGGGUGCCAUCAUCAACAUAGUGUGGGUUCUGCUUCGGAAGGUCUGGGCUCCGUCUCUCUCUCCUGGUGCUGUUGACUCGGCCUCGGUGCAAACCCUCUCAGCGACGUACAUCGCGAAGCAGCAUUUCUGCCGUCUUCAAGUUUCGUUCCUGCAAGAAGAGGAUGCUGCUGCGGUCAGGCUGAAAGUGGUUGAGUAUCAGCGGCCGAAAGGAAAGAUCACCCUUUUCUGGCUGCAUACCGAAGACCCGGCAUACAUGAAGGAAAAAGCUUCUAACCCAGCAAUUAUUGAGCUUUAUUUCAAGGAUGUCCCGGCUAAUGUCUCACCUGACCUGUUGAAAGAUUUGCUGUGCCGCUACGCCCUGAAGAUCCGCAAAGUGCCGGCUUUUGCUAAGGGCCUAUGCUUUCACCGCGUGUCUCAUCCUGUCACGGGAGCGGAUACGGACACAGUGAAAGAUCUGGUGAUCGCUCACCCAGCUGCGUCCACUCGCACGUCUCCACUAGUCACCCCCAUCCUUCUGGAUCCUGCCAUUGUGCUUAUAUCUACGGGAGGGAAUCGGGAGGAAUGGAUCUGCACACAGGCGGGGUGCGGAAAGGCGAAGGGUUCAUCUUUCAUGGCUGCUGCGGACCACAUCACAUCGGCAGACCAUUUGAUUCACCUGGAAGAACUGGGCUCGGCGACCAGGGUGACAAUGAGUGCGGUGAACCUGGUUACCAUCAAGAAGGAGUACGGAAUGACGCUUCAUCCAACCAAGCGGGAGUAUACCUUUUACGCGCACUCGGUGAAGGAGCGCACUCGCAUUGAUAGAGCACUGGUGUCGCAGUCGCUUCUUCAUAAGAUUGGGGAUGCGUACCACUCAUCUGUUCCCCAUGGUAUAUCGGAUCACUGGUAUGCGAUAUCACUGGAACUCUCCGUGGAGGUUGAUGGUGGUAAAGGACCGGGACUGUGGCGGAUGCACGCGUCCCAAGCCAAGAGUCCGGGUAUCAGGAAGAGGAUUGGCCUAGUCCUUGAGGAGCAGGAAGAUCUGCAGCUUCACGAUUUCUCACAGCUGCUGGUCAAACUGCAAGCGAGCAUCAGAGCGCACUCGAAGGAAGAGAGGAAGCGUGUCAAAAAAACAGUUUUAAGUUUAGAGGAGGCGGUGACACGGCUGGAAUAUGAGUUCAUGAAUGGAACGGGGGAUAUGGAGAGCUACGAGCAGCUGGUGAAGUACGGGUCAAUGCUCAAAGCUUACCGAGAAAGGCAGCGGUCGCAGCUGCAGACUAUGGCGGGUGCUCAACAGGAGGUCUUCGGGGAAAUUUCCUCCAAAGUUCUUUCUGGACGGAUUGUGACGAGGAAGGCGCAAACGGUGAUAGAGGAAGUCACCUACAAGGGAGAGUGCUUGGCUUGGGAAAGAGAAGUACUUACCGCAGCUUCAAGGUACUUUACAGAGGCUUUUGCUGCGCAGGAGGGCGUGGUGAAGGAAGCUUGGCGUGUUGACCCGAACAAGGUCCUUGGGGUGCUGGAAAAAGAGAUGCUGAGGGCCUCCUGGUCGGAAGAAGAGGUUUUGGCGGCGAUCAAGCAGCUACCGAAAGGAAAGGCGCCGGGGUUGGAUGGUCUCCCCAAGGAGUUCAUUGAGGAGAACUGGGACAUGCUUGGCCGGCCUUUCCUUCGUUUCAUCAAGGAGUUUGAAGCCUCUGCGGCGCUCCCCUCGCAAAUGACAACGGCGGUGACCAUUCUGCUGCACAAGAAAGGGGACAAGGGGAAAUUAGAAAACUACAGACCCAUAACGCUACUAAGUGCAGCAUACAAAAUCGUGGCGAAAGUGCUGGCGAACAGAAUCAAGAAGGUUUUACCGAUGGUGAUCUCGGAGCACCAGUAUGGUUUCAUACCAGGGAGGAAGCUGGCAGAUGCAGUCAACGCUGUGGCUGAUGUGGUCGACGCGGCAGCAGCGGGGAGAGAAGAUUGGUACCUUCUCUUGGUCGAUUUUCAGAAAGCGUAUGACUCAAUCUCCAGAGACUACAUGUUUCAGACUUUGGAGCGCAUGGGUUUCCCGGAAGAAUAUGUGAACUGGACGAAGGGUCUGCAUGAUCAGUCGGGAACGCAGCUGCUGAUCAACGGAUGGUUGGGAGAACGGGUGGGGAUGGAGAGAGGAGUGCGCCAGGGCUGUCCGCUAGCACCCUACCUCUUCAUCUGCGCAGCUGAGCCACUCAGUCAGGAGAUAAAGAGACGGCGGCUGGGUGUAUGGAAGCGUGGAAUCGGUGAUGUGGCAUAUUUGGGAUAUGCGGAUGAUACGACGGUGGUGCUGAACAGGAAAGAACAAGUUGGAAGAGCGUGUGAGCUGCUGGAGGAGUUUGGUGAGCUGUCCGGGCUCAAAGUCAACAAGGAUAAGACGGUGGUUGUCCCGCUGGGGAAGAAUCAGGAUGUACCUCCACCGGCAGAUGCGCCUUACCCCUGGGCAGGAAAAAAUGAGCCGCAGAGGUUGCUGGGUAUCUGGAUAACGCCGGGUGGAGACCCGACGCCGUCAUGGGAGAAGGCGGCUGACAGAGCAGGGGAGGUGAUGGUGAAGUGGCAGAAUCAGCACAUUAAUACAUCGACGCGUGUCACGGUGCUCAACUCGUAUGCCACGCCGAUUCUCCUCUUCCAAGCUCAAGUCUAUCCACCUCCCCGGGGGACAUGGAAAGAGUUCCGCGCGACCAGUCACAACUUCACGUCCAGUGGGAAGGCAUCGGCUGACCGACAUUUCGUCCUCUGGAGCGGGGACCUGGCCUACACGAGCAGGAAAGAGGGGGGACUGGGGGUUGAGGUCGAUGAGGAGGAGGAUGGGGGGGAGGAGGAGGAGGAGGAGGAGGAGGAAAGCGAUGACGAAAACGACGAGCGUCCGCCGCGUAGCACUAGUCAGCGCACCUUGGAAGAACGGCUCAGGCGGGAACUUGAAUACGUAGAUGAUCUGCUCGAACAGGACGAGGAUGCCGACCAGGAGAAUUUGUCGGUGCCGCGCGAACAGUGGAGGGCGGCAGACUUCGUCGAGGAAGACAUGGUGUACGCAACCAUCGACGUGCUCGUCUUGGACGCCCUACGCCACCUGCAAACCGUGGAGAGGAACAGCACGCCGAGGCAGUACACCUCGUGGAUCUAUCACUACAAGAGGUGGGCGGCGAAGAUGUGGAGGCAAAUUCGCAACAAGCUUCCGCAUGAGUACAUGCUUAAGCACGUCGACGAGAUAGAGCACUACAUCCGGGACAACAAGAAGAAAAACUGGGACCAAGAGGCCGAUGUCCCCCGGUCGUACGUGUGGCUGCACGGCCCUAGGGUCACCAAGUCCCGGCUUCGCGCAUACGUGAAGUACAUGGUUCGGGAGUUGAAUCUCGAUGCCGAGUCCAGCAAGAAGGGCGACAACGCCACAGGAACACAGCCUGUGCAAUCUACAACGGUGCACACGCUCCUCGGGCGCAUAAAGGCAUGCCAGAUGGCGGCGAGAGUGGAGGCGACGAUAUACCGGGAGACGGAGCUGAGUAUCAUGCGAGAGAUAUCGGUGGUCAGGUCGGAGGUGCGGUUCAUGAUCCGCACCAAGAACGAGCGGGACAUCAAGAACUGCACCGAUCGGCAUCGCGGAACAAUCGGCGAUACCUACACCGCCGAGCAGUUCCGCCAGAUCAUGUUCAGGGUGCUGCCGACGUGGGCGGCCAAGGCGUGGAACCCGCAGGGUACGGGCCCGUCGCAGACGCUAUGGCGGUUUCUGCUAUUGAAGGUGCUCAGGCUACUCUCCCACCACUCUCUUCUGCGCGGUGCAAGCAUCCGCGAGAUCACGCUCCCCGACAUAUUCUUGUACCGACUGGCGAGCACCUCGUCGGUGAACCCGGAGAACCAGCCGGUCGUCAUGGUCAUCGCUGCGUGGAACUCGAAGACGUCCAAGGAUGUGCGUCUGCAGCAGAGCUACGCUGCGCGGCACCUCGAAGCGGAGUUGUGCGCCGUCGGUGAGACGGGCCUGUGGUUGCAGUUCAUCCUCGACCAGAUCGGCCAGUUUCACGGCAUCCGCCUCAUUCCGCCGGAGCUGGCCAUCGACGGCACGCCGCGCGCCGAGAUCGCGGAGCUGGGUCACUGGGCGCUCGACAAAAUGACGCGAGCGUACAUCACCGCCAUUCCGGAAAUCUCUGUCCGCAUGGACACCCAGUACUACAACAUAUCCCUCAAGGCGAAGCUGACGAAGGAGAUGGAGCGUGCCGCGAACGAGAAGAUUGACUUCCUGGAGGAGCUCGAGAAGCGCGACGACACCAUCGCGUCUCUCACCGUCGAGAUAACCCGUCUCACCGAGGCACUGCGUGUGUCAGAAGCACGGAGAGUGCCGGAGGCCCCGCCAUGUGCUACCGCGCAAGCUCCCAGCGAGGGUGGCUCGGCGGGUUCGGCCAACAUGGGAGCCGGCGCCGACGGAGGGGACGACAAACCCCCUCCACCCCCACAGACGGACGAGGAGGCUAGUUACGAGCUCAACGUGGUACAACCGUGGCGGGAGGCCAAGACCGUGAGGGACGCCUGGCGCCUGUGGAACUACGCCACCGCUAAUGACACCCGUCGGCUUUGCGACAAGAUCGCCGAGCCGGGGUUCAUCGACCGCCACACCCUCCUCACCGGCGCUACGCAGGGUGCACUCAACAAGAGGGUGCGCCGCAUGCUGAAGGUCAUGGAUGCGGUGCGCCAGCUACGUGCGAGCGACGGCGACGCCGACACCGAGGCCGUGGUCGACACACUGCACAGGAUCGCGACAUUGGGCAUCGGGACCUUCGCCGAUGCCCUCACGGUGCUCAAAUCGGCAACGGCACCGAUGUUGUCCAAAGAGCCUGGUUUGGGAGUCAAGGGGCUGGGCCCCAAGGUGGUCUCAAAGCUACGCCUUGCCUGUGCGCUUGUGGCGCUCAACCUGAAGCAGAGUGAUUGGGUCGAAACCCUGUUUCCAGACACGUGGGAGGAGCAGAUGCCGAAGACCAAGGCCGACCUGGCGAAGCCGACGGCCCCAGCCAAGCCGACCGCUCCGGUGCACCGUCCUCCGACCAAGCGCAAGAAGUCGGCAUGA